AUGGAUAAGCGGUGCGAUGUCCAUGUGUACGGUACUUCUUCUGUGCCUCUCGUGACUUCAUCUGAUCGAGAUGGACCCAUGCCGCAUCGGCAUCAACAUUACGAUGCCGACCUAGCAGAUCGCUUACUUGGAGACUCUCGAGCCCGCCUCAGCUCUUCACUGUGUCCGAGUGUACAGUUUGGAGUUCUGCGGCCCAGCGGCAAUCUGAAGAUUGUCCGUCCAGCUUUUGACCAUUUCCAACCGCUGCUUUCAAAAGAGUGCCUGCCACAGCCCGAGGUGUGUGUACUUGCUCGAAUUGCUGGGGAUGAAGGCGGAGCGACUCAAAUGGCCGACUCUAUCCGUCGGGCUUGGGCAUUUGGUCCACUGGAGUUUGGUACGAGGAUUGGUGGACGUAACCAUACACACAUCCAUCACACCGGGUGUUUUCAUCAUUACACAUCAUCCAGCGGCAGGAUGGGGUUGAUGGGUAGCGGCGGGAUGUUGCUGCAGAUCCCGAGAGCGAAGCCCGGCCAGCUAAAAUGA